AUGCCUGAGGUUGUUCCCAAUGGCAGCAGUUUCACUGAGUUUCUCAUCCUGGGAUUUUCUCCAUCUGAGAAGCAGAAGGUUCCACUUUUCCUCCUGUUCCUACUGAUUUAUCUUUUCACUGUCAUAAGCAACACUCUCAUCAUUGCUCUAAUCAGCCUGGAUAGUAACUUGCACAAACCCAUGUACUUCUUCCUCUGUAACUUUUCCUUCCUGGAUAUAUUCUUCACUUCUGUUACAGCUCCAACCCUGCUCCACAUGCAGAACUCAGAAGCCAAGAGAAUCUCUUUUAGGGCUUGCAUGGCCCAACUCUACUUGUUUAAUUCUUUCGGAGUCAUGGAGUACAUCAUUUUGACGGCCAUGGCGUAUGAUCGCUACCAAGCUAUCUGCAACCCAUUAGUUUAUCACCAGAAUAUGAAUAGAAAUGUGUGUUGCAUUUUAGCUGCAUUGCAGUGGGGAGGGGGUUUUAUAGCCGCCCUUCCCAUAAAUAUCUUAAUUUCUGCCCUUUGUUACUGUUCUUCCAACAGAAUCAACCACUUCUUCUGCGAUCUCACUGCAUUGCUGACGUUGGCCUGUAAUGAUACAUCGGCCAUUGAGUUCAUGAUUUUUGCAGGGGGGGUUUUAAUUGUUCUAAACUGCUUCCUCCUUACUGUCACUUCCUAUGGCUUCAUUGGCUUUGCCAUCAUUAGGAUCAGUUCCAGUAAGGGCAGGUUCAAGGCCUUUUCUACCUGUGCUUCCCACCUCACUGUGGUCAUUCUAUUUUAUACCAUGAUUACUUGUUUGUAUAUGAAGCCGUCAUCCUCGUAUUCUCUUAAUGACGGGAAAGUCCUGUCUGUUUUCAAUGUGCAGGUAAUUCCUAUGCUGAAUCCGGUUAUAUACACAUUAAGAAACAAAGAUAUAAAGGAAGCAGUGAAAAUCAUCUCUACUAUGUUAAAUGGUUGUCGUUAUAAUUUAGGACAAUACUGCUUGUUAUAA